GGAACAGCGAAUUGACCAGGGACUUGGCAGGGGUGGGCCAUCCCGAUUGAUAGCUCUGGGCCAACCGUCCAGCCCGUUUCAUCAGCUUUCAUCAGCGACCCCGGCCACCACCCUCCACUUUUUAGCCGUUUGCCGAGGCUCAAAGCCUUGCCUGGGUGACCUUCUGACCCAGGCACAUGCCAUGCUCGACUGGAAUUUCGACCACAAGCCCGCACCACGAUGCGCGUCCGACCUCACGCCCGCGCCCCGACACGCCUCUGCUUUUAGAUGACGCCCAAUCUCUCCCGCGCAAAUCCAUCAAUGCCAUCCUGACCACCACAGCUGCUCCCCUGAGUGCCCAAAAGGCUUGUUCCGACACGACAAUGGCUGCUCCAGCAACAGACGGGGCCCAGACCGCGGCUCUCAGCCCGACCUCGCCGGACGGCUUCGCCUCCCAGUCGCUCCGCUCCUCUAUAUCCUCCCUCGGCUCCCCAGCUGCCGCCCGCCAGGCUGCCUCGUAUGUCUCAAAGACCUACCGCCAGUCUUCCACCUUGUUCCUCACGAGGAGGCUGCCCGAGGCCCUCUCCACAAUUACGCCAUUAAUCACAGUCACACCACCGUCGCCGUCCCAGCCCCAGGGCACCAACGGCACCAGCGCCACCAACGAGCCCGCCCCCGUUGCAAAGGCCUCGCGGAACACGAGGAUAAAGGUCUGGACCCUGUACAUUGCCAUCCUCAACGCAAUCGUGGCUCUCGAGCCAGACGAGGGCAAGGAGUCUCUGGGCACGCACGAGUGGCGGGCCCUCUGCGCCAAGGUGCGGGACGGCGACGUCUGGGAGGAGGUCGUCCAGAACGGCUACCAUGGCGUAGAAGCCGACGUUGACGCCGAUGUGGUUAUAAAUCUGGCGACCCUCCUCCUGACACACGCGAGGACACAGGCCCUGAACCAGAAACGCCUCGAGAACUACCUCGCCGCCUCGGCCACGCCCAACCUGGACCUGUCGGACCACUUCUCGCCGGGCCCACCGCCGCCGCCGCGCGGGGGCCCGGCCCGGCCGCGGUCCCAGUCGCGGGCGCGCAGCGGGGCCGACACGCCGCGGGACCUCAACGCCCGCGUCAAGAUCCUGGAGCUGUACACGCUGCACGUGCUGAUCCGCAACGACGAGUGGGACUACGCGCGCGAGUUCAUCAGCGCGAGCUCCGUGCUGGACGAGGAGCGCCGCGAGGCCUUCCUGCAGGCCCUGCAGAGCCUGCAGGAGGACCAGCUCGAGGCCGACCGCAGGGAGCGCGACGAGCGCCUGCGCCAGGAGGAGCAGCUGCGCCGCGACGUCGAGGAGGCCCGUCGGCUGCGCGCCGAGAACGAGGGCCGCGAGCGCCGCCGGCUCGAGGAGGAGAGGGCGCGCCGCAGGGAGGGCGGCAGCGAGGUCGACUAUGGCAUCGACGCCGGGGGCGGCGGCGGCGGUCGUGCGAGUAGCGUGGGGGGCUCGUCGGCUGGUAAGGGGGCUUCGAGGCGGACGCGGGCGCAGACGGGGGGCUCGUCGAGGUCGUCGAGGGCGGCGCGGGCGAAUGCGGCUGCUGGCGGGGGCACGUCGCCAAAUAAGAGCAAGGCGGUCGCGCCGGCUUCGUUGGGCGCCAGGGCGGCGGUGGUGUUCGCGAACGUGCGCGCCAUGAUCGAGCGCAUGAGCGUGACGCUCCAUACGAACCCGAUGCUGCUGAUGAGGCUCUUGGCCUUUAUAAUAGGUCUGGUUGUCAUGUUUGGCAAGAAGAACAUGCGGGACCGAAUCGCCCGGAUAUUAGGGACAAGCUGGAACAAGGUCAAGGCCACGGCAGGCAUGGGUGUCAAGGUCAGCUACAUAUAG